AUGUCCGGAGUUCAGCCUGUCGCAGUCUACGCGAUCAAGGUGCCCGCUGGAGGCGUCUUGGUCCCGGCUCUUCCUGAGGCUGGUGCCAUGUUCCGCAUCUCCAUGGCUGCCAUCGACCCCGACGAGGAACCUGAUUUUGAUGGCAUUGAGGCCAACAAGCGUCCCCGGGCUACCCUCAAGAUUGUCCGCCCCCCGGCCGGCCUGGAUCUGGACGAGUCGGACGAUGAGUACGAAGACGAAGAAGAUUCCGACGACUCUGACGAUGAGGAAGUCAAUGGCGGUCCUAGCGACAAGGAAAAGGCCCGUAAGCUCAAGGAGGCUGCCGCCCUGAAGGAGAUGGAGGAAGCUAUGGAUGAAGAUGACGACGAGGAUGAGGGUGACGACGAGGAGUUUGACCUCAAGGCCGCGAUCUCCAAGCUCGUGAAGGGCAAGGCUCCGGCCACCGACGACGAUGAGGACGAGGAGUCCGACGAGGGCCUCGAGCUUGACGAGAUGGUCGUCUGCACUCUCAACCCCGACACUCACUGCCAGCAGCCUCUUGAUAUCACCGUCUCUGAGGACGAGCGUAUCUACUUCAAGGUCACCGGUACCCACACUAUCUACGUCACCGGAAACUAUGUCAUGCCUCUGGAUGAGGGUCGUCAGUAUGAUGAGGAUUCUGAGGAUGAGGAUGACGAGGAGGACUACGAUCUCUCCCCUGAUGAGGAUGAGCUUGACCUGGAGGCCCUCCUGGCCGGAGAGGAGGAGGACGAUGAGCUCGACGGUCUGGAGAACCCCAGAGUGACCGAGGUUGAGAGCGACGAGGAGGAGGCCCCCAAGCUUGUGGAAACCAAGGGAAAGAACAAGCGCGCCGCUGAGGAGGAGAAGAAGGAAGAGGAGAGCAAGAAGCAGCAGAAGAAGGUGAAGAAGAACAAUGGCGAGCCUGCUCCCGCUGAGCAGAAGAAGGAGGGCAAGAAGGUCCAGUUCGCGAAGAACCUGGAGCAGGGCCCCACUCCCUCUACUCAGGACAAGAAGGCCGCUGAGAAGACCACUGGCACCCUCGGUGUCAAGGAGGUCAAGGGUGUGAAGAUCGACGACAAGAAGCUUGGAAAGGGCCCGGCUGCCAAGAGCGGUAACACUGUUGCCAUGAGAUACAUUGGAAAGCUUGAGGAUGGCAAGGUCUUUGAUGCCAACAAGAAGGGCAAGCCUUUCACCUUCAAGCUCGGCAAGGGUGAAGUCAUCAAGGGCUGGGACAUCGGUGUUGCCGGCAUGGCCGUCGGUGGUGAGCGCCGUAUCACUAUCCCUCCCCAGCUUGCCUAUGGCAAGAAGGCCCUCCCCGGUAUCCCGGCCAACUCGAAGUUGAUCUUCGACGUGAAGCUCCUUGAGAUCAAAUAA